CGGCUCAAGUAGCAUCGGUAGCAGCGGCACCUGUGGUGUCGUGCCCCGUCACCACCACGCUGAGUGCUCUGGCAUUGGCGGUGUGCCUAGGCGCGCUCAUCGUCGCAACGGCAGUUGGCAACGCGCUCGUGUGCCUCUCCGUCUGCCUCGUGCGCCGCCUACGGCACCCGUCCAACCACCUCCUCGUCUCCCUGGCCGCCUCGGACCUGUGCGUUGCCCUGUUGGUCAUGCCGCCGGCCCUGCACCUCGAGCUUACGGGUCAUCGCUGGGACCUGGGCCGAGCGGCCUGCGAUGCCUGGGUGUCGGUGGACGUAGCGUCCUGCACCGCGUCCAUCCUAAACUUGUGCAUGAUAUCCGUGGAUCGGUAUCUGGCAAUCACGCGGCCUUUGACCUACGGCGUGCGAAGGACGGCCCGUAGAGCGUGGGCCUGCAUCGGCGCUGUCUGGCUGCUGGCGGCGCUCAUCAGCGUGCCACCUCUGCUCGUGCUGGGAAACGAACAUGGAACCCCUAUCAUGCCCACCUGCCUUGUGUGCCAACAUUUGGCUUACCAACUGUACGCGACACUGGGAGCGUUUUACAUACCUCUCGUGGUCAUGCUGUCCAUGUACUGGAGAAUUCACAGGGCUGCCAAGAGGGUCGUCGAGGCCGAACAUAGGGCGAGACCAGGACCUCGCACAAGGAGCCUAAGGGUCGCCGUAAGGGAGCGCAAGGCUUCCAUAACGUUAGGAAUAAUCCUGACGGCUUUCACGGUGUGCUGGUUGCCCUUCUUUGCUUUGGCACUGGUUAGGCCUCUCGGUGGGAAGCCCCUUCCAGAGCUGGCACACAGCCUCGCGCUUUGGCUUGGAUACACUAACUCAGCACUGAAUCCAGUCAUAUACGUCACAUUCCAUCAUGAUUUCCGUCGGGCGUUUCGUGACCUCUUGUGCUUGCGAUGCGGCAAGCGAGCCAAUGAUAACGGUGCAAUGGUUGGUGGAAGUGCGAACGGAGCAGGGCAGCUGCUCGGGCGAAGAAACAACAACCAUCGCUCGUGGGCCUGACCCUGGUGGACGUCGCCUGGAGACAUACGAGUCUCCAGAGUCGACGUUGUUCAUGACCAAAACGAGAUGGACAAGCAUAAUCAGCAGAAGAAGCAACAAAACCAAGCGAGCCACAUCAUAUGCGAUUCAAGCGCAUCGCCUAUAUCCACUAUGUUUCCUUGACCGUUGAUGUGGAAAAGGCUCCUGUGAAUGUUUCCGUUUCGGAAAGUGAACCGAAGGGUGCAGAACGGCGUAGCACUUGCACGAUGCUCUAA